AUUCGGGUGAGAGGGGGAUCAACCCGGCCCUAGCGCUGCGUUUUCACAAAGACAGGCCAUUUCAUUCAUUUUUCAUGAAGUACUCACAAAAUACAAAAAGCCAACAAAAUGGCUGCGCGUGACCGAACAGGAACUUUGAGUUCAAAUCCGGCAUUUCAAGGAGAUAGCAUUCUUUUUCAUGGAUCAAAAAUUCCUACAGAAGUACGGAGAAUGGUGUCUUAUCUUGGAAACUUAAAGUUGGAAAAGUUUAAGAAGCUGUUAGAGGGUAAAUACGUUCUAUACUAGGCUCACUGGAUCAGUAGUCAGUUACUUGUUUUAAAUAGCAUAUACAGUAUGUUGUCCAAUUUUCGGACAGUACCACUAUUCGGACGAAAUAUAUUUAUCGCCAAAUUGUUUUAUGAAGAAUAGCAAAAAAAUAAAAAUCAAUACGUUCAGAUGAUUGCCCGAUAUGUCCUGAAUUUUGCUCUAUAUUUUCGACGUUUUUGCUGUUGUUUUGUGCAAACGUGAACACUUCGAGUAAAGGUCAGUCGAAAAUAUUUUCUUAAAAAUGGCGUAGCUAGUUCAGGGUCCUACUAAUUACUGCCCGAGACUGCCCGGGAACUGCCCGAGACUGCCCGGGGACUGCCCGAGAUUGACUGCCCGGGUAAACACCGUAACAUAACGUUAUUUAUUAUACAGUAUGGUAAGGUAGUGUGCUCUUGUUUUAAAACGCUUAGUACAUGUAUAAAAGUUUUCUUCAAAACAAAGCUACGUUGCUUGCAACUUGCGUAUAAAAACUUGUCAUAGACAAGUUGCUCGUCGGUAACCGGCUUUAUUAUAAUAAACAUUGUAAAAUAUGAUUUGUCAAUUCUCAACGCUGGUUGGCUAUGAACCGUACAGUUAUUUAAACAUGUUUGCGUGUUUUGCUAAUUAAUGAAACAACUUUUAGAUACGCUCGAUUUUGCUAAUUGUCUCUUCGAAAUAAAUGCAAAUUACAUUAUUUGAUAUGUCGGGCAUAUUAUGCACAUAACCUAGCUCGCAUAUGAUUUUUUGGAGAAAAGUUAAAGACCGUUGAGGCCGACUCACAAAUGAGAUCAAAUGCAAAUGCAAAGAAACAGAAAGAAUUAGAGCAGUUUGCAGUUGUUUUUGCAAACGAGCACCGUGCAAAUUUUGCCAUUUGUCCUAGCGUGCAGCCAAAUGUUUUGAAAAAAACCUUUUUAUACAUGUACUUAGUGAUUUAAAACAAGAGCACACUGCCUUACCAUAUAAUAAAUAACGUUAUGUUUACCCGGGCAGUCCCCGGGCAGUCUCGGGCAGUCCCGGACAGUCUCGGGCAGUAAUUAGUAGGACCGCUAGUUCACGACAGCGCGAUAAGACAAGUACACUUCAGGAGAUGUUUUGUGAAAAUAUACUGCCGAAUGAUUAUUUUUUAGUUGAAGGGAUGGUUAUAUAAACCGAAAAUUUUACCACAACAAUAAUUUUUGCUACUGUCAUAAAAUUUAAGAAGUUUCGGACUUUUAAAUUAAGAAACAAUUUUUGAGGAGCUUAUCAAUACUCGGACGAUGGCUUAGAGUUGACAAUCUUAUGACUAAAAUAACGAGUAUAUUUAACAUAAUUAUAUAUUUGAAAUGUUUAAAGAGUGUACAAGUUGUUUAUGUUUUGAUAAACUUUCGAUUUCGAUAAUUUUGUUGACUUUAAGGCGGUUUUCCACUAGGCGAAAUUUUUCGACCGAAUCGAAAUUUCUCGUUGUUUCAGAGCUCUCGAGCAGAACUAAUUGUAAAAAGACAAAGAGAAAUUUCGUUUCGGUCGAAAAAUUCCGCCUCGUGGAAUCCGGCCUUUAGUUCAAUGCGAGUUCUGAUAUUAUUAUGUGAAUCUAUCCACCGGGAAUUGUAUAUAUCUUAAAGUGAGCUUUAGUUGCGAGUAACCUGACUGAAAUUUCAUACUAGAAUAUGGUUCAAAGAAUCAUGACAUUUAUUUCUAUAACAUAAUCAAGCCUUAAAUUCCAGUAUUUAUCAAAAUACAGCUUACCUUCGAGAGAAAAACGGCUAUUAUUAUAAGUGUCCGAAUAGCGGACCAGCUGUCCGAAAUGUGGUGAUGAAAAUGAAGUACUUGUUUUCGAUAUUGCAGAAAAAAUAAAGAAUUUUAGCGAUGUAUCUCUUAGAGUAAUGUAGCCAUGGGAAGUGGUCGUCAUCUGUACAAAUUUGAACCUGCUAACCAUCUUAAAUCGCAAAAUAUAGUGUGAAAACACUUUACUGUCCGAAAAUUGGACAACAUACUGUACUCAUGGCCUUGUUUACCCGAAUGUAUACUUGUAUAAAAUUCAAAUUUUCAAUUCAACCUUUGCGGUGAAAAAAAAAACACUCUGCGAACGAGUCAGAUGCGGCAAACAAAUUGGUCCAAUGAGGGAGAAGACUCAGGAGAGUUGCGAUGAGCCAAUCAGAAACUUGAAACUUCAUAUUAUGCAAAUAUGCCAGGCACCCAUGAAGAUGGAUAACAUGGAAAAGACGGGAAAUAUGGAAAACACAGAGUCUGACUUCAGAGAAAAAUAUGGAAAACACGGAGCCAUGGAAAACAGAGAGUCCACCUUAAAGAUGAUUUCCACUCAGUUCUGCUCAUAACAAAGGGUGGCCCAGAUAUAAACAUUGCCCAAAUUCCACAUCUUUCAAACUUUUUAAAUUGAAACGUAGAGCUUAUAUUAAUUUACAAGCAUAGCGAACCAGAAAAUAUUAGAUAUUCAGUUAGUAUAUCAUAUUUUACAAAUAUAGUGCUCAGUUCAAAACGUAAACAAAGUUCACGCAUGUGCACAGGAGUGGACAUUAUCUUUAAAAUAUGGAAAUUAAACACGGAGUCAGACAUAAAAAUGUGGAAAACACAGAGUCUGACAUAUUGUCAGCAUGAAAGAGGGAAAACAGUAAUUAAGUAAUAUAUAAUUUAUGCAAAUUAAUAUAAACAAGCGAACACAUUUUCUUGUUAUUUCUCUAAAACGCUGUGAAAAUAUCUAUUCAUUUUAAACACAAUCAAGCAAAUGAUGUUGUUUCUCCUGUUGUUUGACUUAUUCAACCAAUGAUUUUGUUCGAUCGCCCUGUAUGGAUUUUGUUCACCCUGUAUAUGGUAUGUUUAUAUAAAAUAAUUAUACACAAGAUUUUGUCAGCAUCUCACUCAAUUGAAUAAUAGUUGAAGGGUAUUGUAGAUGGAAAUUAUCGAGUGGAAAUUUAUAUACAUUUAUUACACCUAACCAGGAACAAAUUAGAAAAAUGCAACUUUAGUUCCCUGGCAGGAAUUGAUCUCGAACCCCCGGCGCCUACAAUUUUGGCAGUUGUCAAGCUCUAAUCAUAUAGGUUAUGAGUAAAUAUCAAGAUUUUGUUGAUCUAAACUCUUCCAUUGCCACAACAGUCUAGGACCCUAAAUGCACCCAUAUCCAUUUCUAGCACAUGUUGUUAGUGAAGCAGCAGAAGUGUUACAAACUUAAUGUUAGGGAAAUUGAUAUGAACAACAGAGCAUGAUCCUUUAGUUGGAUGUUAAUUUAUUAUUUAGCUAUAUUAACUCUUAAGUGGCCAUGCACCCUGAUGCACCCUACUUUAGGAUUUUACUCUGUCUAAUGCCAAAUGAUUUUUUUUUAAUAUUUUUUGCCCAAAAUACUACAUUUACAAGGAAUAGAUAUAUAUAUAAGAAAUGGGCUAGGAGCCUACUAGAAACCACAUGGCUUUUUUUUUAGGCCCCUAGGUUAAUUAUUUAAGCUAUAUCAAUAAAUAUAAGCUCGUGUCAGUUCGAGUGUUUUUCAGAGAAUUAGUAAGGAAAAGAAGAAUUAUAUAAUACAUAUGAAUAUAUAUAAUUAUAUUUACAGAAACAUGUUAUAUUGUUAAAUCUAGUUGUAAAAAGUACUUUUUAAUUAUUGAUUUGAAGGAAGCAUAAGACCUAGGUUCUUUAUUUUUUGUGGGAAGAUUAUUCCACACAUCUAUGCCUUUAUUGGCAAGGGUAUGUUUGGUAUAGUUUGUUCUAUUACUCCUCUUGUGUAGCAACGAAGAAUUUCUUGUGUUAUGAUUAUGAAUUUGCUUAUUUGUCAAAAAAUAGUUUAUGAAUAAUUCUGGUAGAUUCUGAGAUGAAAAUACCGGAACAUGAAUAUACUCGUUAAAUAAUAAUUUAUUUUAUGUAAAUUGAGUAUUUGUAAGGAAUUAAAAAUUGGUUCUGAAUGAUCAAAAUAAGAUUUGAAAGUCAUUAAUCUGACAAUCUUUUUUUGAACAUUCACUAACUUUUGAAAACGUGAUUUAUAGGUGUUACCCCAGAGUAAAUUACCAUAAGUUAGAUAUGGAUAGACCAAAGCAUAAUAUAUUAGCUUUAAGGAAUUUAGGUUUGUGAAAUGUCGAAUCCUGGAAAUAAUUGCCGCACAUUUGAUAAUUUUUUUUCGUAAUCAAAUCCAAGUGAUUACUCCAUGUCAGAAAUUGGUCAAGAACAAUUCCGAGAAAUGUGAUGUUUUUUACUUGUCUUAUAUUGUUAUUGUUGUUAUUGUUAUUAUUGUUAUUAUUAUAUUGUUAUUAUUUUACUUGUCAAGUGGGGAGUGCUGCCACUCAAUGGGUUAAACUUUGUUUUAUUUAGUUGUACAACAUUCUCUUGAGAAUUAUGAUGUUGAUCCAGACUCACUUCGUAGUUUAAAGGAUAAAAAUCUUUCAGAAGAGUUAAUUGUACAGAUAUUCUCUGGAUUAUAUACAAUAAUGAAAGCAACAAUGAGACACACAUUAACAUCACUAAAACAAGAGUCAUACAAAGCCGAAUUGCUUUCGUACAAGUAAGUUAUUAUAGUUUCAAAAUUAUCAUUUUGAAUCAUUUUAAGUUUUGGAUUGUGUAAACGACGGUCAUAUUCAAAUGUACUCAGGAAAAAGUCAACAUAAUAAUUGCAUUGUUUUCUAAAAAACUGUCAACAUCAGGACCGUAGCUAAGGGGGGUGUGACACCCCCUGAAAACCAGUUGAUGGAAAAUUAUGAAUUUGUCGGCAAUUUCUGGCAAAAAAUUUUUGGUUGGCAAAUGUAAUACUUACCCUCCCACCCCCUCCCUCCCCACUUAAACCUCCUCACAGUGGCCCUUAUCAUAUAUAUACUGAUAAGAGCUAGGGGCUCAGGAGGGGUCUAUGUUCACAUGAAAACAUGGGUGGAUUUACUGGGGGAUUAGGGAGUUAACCCCCCUAGAAUCUCUCUAACCCCUCUAAUAAAGUGUUCAACCCCACCAAAAUUUUGCUUCACCCCUUCUAUUUUGUGUCAGCCCGAUGGUAUAUUCGAACCCAACCAGUCACAACCAUUCCUGCACACCCACAUGGCCACUCACCAAAGCCAUGCCAAAUUUGUAUACCAUUUCGACAGUAACAUGUCUUCUUCAGCCGUAUAUAUGUUAAUCAUCACGAUAUGGCAUUUAUAAUUUUUAUAUAUGUUAAUCACCGUAGGUAAGUAUUUUUUAGUGAACAGGAAAAGUUGAGACUGAGUCGGAUUCGAACCGGCAACCUCUGGGUUACAAGCCCAUCGCUCUACCAUUCGAACCGGCGACCUCUGGGUUACAAGCCCAUUGCUCACCCAUGGCUUUGGUGAGUGGCCAUGUGGGUGUGCAGGAAUGGUUGUGACUGGUUGGGUUCGAAUAUACCAUCGGGCUGAUAGCUCAGUUGGUAGAGCGGUGGGCUUGUAACCCAGAGGUUGCCGGUUCGAAUCCGACUCAGUCUCAACUUUUCCUGUUCACUAAAAAAUACUUACAUAUAUAACAUAUAUAAAAAUUAUAAAUGCCAUAUCGUGAUGAUUAUGAUUAUACAUGUAUAUAUAUAUAUAUAUAUAUAUAUAUAUAUAUAUAUAUAUAUAUAUAUAUAUAUAUAUAUAUAUAUAUAUAUAUAUAUAUAUAUAUAUAUAUAUAUAGUGUUUAUAUAUAUAGUGUUUAUAUCGUUCACUCGGUAAUAUAAGGAGAAAAUGUUCUCGAGUGAGAUAUUUCAUAAUUUCGAGGCUGCGCAAGCAGAAACUGACUCUGCCAGUCACGGCUGGGUUUCGAACCCGCGACCUUCGAAUUACUAUAGAUCAAUGCUUUAUACCAACUGAGCUACACGGUCAGGAUGGAUUGAAGACUGGAAAUUAUGUCUUCGGGUUCGAAACCCAGCCGCGAUACAAAAAAGUAAUAAUACUAAUACUAUAUAAUUAUUUGGGUUUAUACCGAAUAAUGGUUCACUUCACUAUAUACUAACAUGUAAUAUCUGUUUAGAAUUCCUGAAAACUUUGUUGAUGAGAUUAUGAAGAAUGUAUUUAAUAAGAGGUAAUGUAUACAGCUAUUUCAACCAAGGUUGUCCACGAGCAAAGCGGAAAAGUCGAAUACGAGCGCGAAAGGCUAAUGGGAAUUGUAGAAUAAUUUGUAACAUUAUACUAUUAAUAACGCCGUAUAGGAGACCAAACAAUGAGUGAUUUAAUUGAUUGACGUAAGAAAUGUAUCGUAUGUCAUGAAUAUAGACUUCGAAUUGAUUGUCAGACUGAAAGCACGAGAGAAAACCAGAAGGAUUGUCAUGUAUAUAUAUUUUAUCGUUUG